CAGGUGUGACUGCUUAGUAGAACUUAGUGCAGGUGAUGUCUAAGAUCAGGUUUGCAUGCUGGCUCAUAAAAAUAAAUAAAAAAAUCCUUCAGCUAUCUUCUGAUAGAUAAAUUACAAAAAGGGAAUUCUCUCCAUAGCAAGUGAUGGGUCUCUCACUUAUUUACAGUAUUUGAGUUAAGUUUUUAAAAAUGUGGACACUAGACUCAGAGGCUCCACCAAAGAUGUCAAAGCAUGUCUUCAGACCUGAUUCAGUCAUUUGAUCUGAACCCAGAACAGACACAAAGAAGGAAUGAGAUGCGGCCCUAUGGCCUAAGGCGGUGUAUUCGCUGUCCUAAGAAAUAUGGGGAAACUAUUAAAGAGAGGAAAUACAUGUUGGCCCCAAGUCAGACUCUGGAUUGUAUGAAUGAGCACAGUGAAGCCGACCCUGCGAAACCCCUGGAUGAACGGUACAUAAGAAACGCUGCUGUCCUUCCAGAUGUCGAACUGCCGCGCAUUGACAGAGCUUUCUCUGCUGAAGAGAAGACCCCCAGCAGCAUGUCGACUGGUCAGUGUGGUGGCCCACAACAUCAGCCAGGGCUUCGGAUCCAUGGCUUCACAGCAGCAGAGUACCAGCAGACUUAUCAUUCAGUAGUGGAUCCCCUGCUCCUCAGUCCCUGUGGGACACUCGCAGCCUACAGUCUGGAGCUGGGGCGUAACAUUAAGGAACGUCUAUUUAAAGAGCUCGCCUACCCAAUGCUUCAAAUUUCAGAGUAUUCCGAUGGAAAGGUGGAGGUGGUAGAGAGAUUCUGUGUGCUCCGCCCUACACCUUUGAUAGAUAUAGACAAUAAAGGUGGACUGCAGUAAUAAUCUGCCACAGUGUGCUAGUUUUUAUUUAGACAGGUUGUGUUUCACUUGAGUGUAGUACGGUAGCCAGAUAUAUACUUUGAAAAAUCAGACCUUUGACAUUUUCAGUGAUUCUCUUCUUUGUAAACAGUUUACUGAAGCCAAAUCUGUGAAGUCUGGUUUUUUCUAAUUGGGGUUUGUAUCUGAGUGCCCAGUAGAUCACAUUUUUUUGUUUGACACAAAAACAAUGUAGUGCCAUCAUGUAUGUAUGACCGCCACCCGUUCAACAGAGCACCACCAGGCACAGCUGAUUUCUGCUUUCUAACCCCCGAUCAUAAAAAUAAAUACUCAAAUCCUCUUUUUUUUACUCAGCAUUAUCAUCUGCAUUAAAUUCUUCUGGUGUCACAUCUUCGAACUUUUCACAUCAUAAUAUAAAUGACCAUAACAGGAAAUCUAAAUGAGACUACAAAACUUACACUUAUUUGUUUUCAUGAGUUAUCCCAUUGUGGCCACCUUUGUGAAAGUUAGUACAUUCCUAGCC